AUGGUCAAGCGCGGUGGCAAACGCCGGCUCAUAGGGCGCACCAUCAAGGACUACUGGCGACCCGAUAUCAAGGACGUCGAGCGUGAGGAUAGCAUCUACGCCUUACUUCAUCAGAACGAUGUCUCCAAUGUACCCACAUGCAUGUGUGGUGAAGAUGUCACCUCGGCGGAUGGGGUCCCGCAGCGCACCACUGCCCCGUCCGUGGCCAAUCCCGAGCAUCUCUAUCCCUACGUCCACUACCGCACUCUGCUCGAGGAGAUAGAGUUGUCGGGCUUCAUGGUAGACGCUAUGACUGCACACCAACGCGCAUGGGCCGAUGCACAAAUUCUUAAUCGUCAAGUUGGCGUUAACAGCAUUGGUAUCUUCGCUCGACGCAAGCGCCAGACAGUCGGUGGGAAGACCAAAUGCAUCGUUACACGUGUCGCGCUCCUCUGUGACUGGGAGUCGUCAAAGAGUCUCAUGCAGAUCGAGACUGGCGAGGGGCCCCGGCAGUAUGCGAUGGUAGGAUCCUGGUAUUUCAGAUCGGCGCUGUCGGUGUUGUACCCCCUACGUCGUGAGUGUCGCCUGGCCGACGAGAUCGAGUCAUUCAUCCACGUCUUCCACUACCUCGUCCUACGGUUUUGCAAGACGGAGUUGAGCGAACGAGACGAAUCGCUGAAUACUCUGUGCAACAUCAUCCGGCUAGUGUACGCCUCAUAUGUCCGCGCUGUGGACAGCAAAGUCCACACGGGUUCAUACGAGAAGCUCACGCACCUGAGAGCGAAUGGAGAAUCCUGGAUCCUACCGUGCGGGAUCCCGGCCCUGGGAGACCUGCUGGAUGAGAUCGGACAGCUUACCUGCGAGCACUUGGCGCCGAUCUCGCUGAAAGUCUACAGGCGCAUAUACGGCACGGACACCGACCCUGCAAUAUUCGAGCGCUAUGCGCACGCCAACGUCUGGCAAGGAGGGAAAAACUGGAAGAAGGGCGCCGACGUGUUCAAGAGGGCGCGGCUUACUGCCUUUCACGAGAGUUUCUACGUGAACACUCUCGUUCGCGCCGAACCACCUGAGCGUGACGAGUCCAAUAGGGUAACGAAGAAACAGAAGACGAGGGCGGGUGUGGAGGCGAAGACGUAG